AUGCGCCGUUGCAAAUAUCCGGUUGCCAACAGUUGUUGCAAUCUCGUGAUAAAAGCAUGUGAUGUGUCACUCAGCUUUGCAAAAGGUUGCAACUUUUGGAAGAAAUCGGAGAAGAGAACAAUAGAAGCGUUUGCGCAAUCCCAUUUUGCAAAUAAUCAGAGUUUGCAAUCUUUUUAAGCGAGGUCACUGAAGAACUACAUAAAAGCGUCAUUUGAGAGGAGGAUUUUUACUUCUACUAGAGUAUUUGAGAGUUGAGUGACGUUAGUUUUUUUGCGUUCGACUUAUCGCGUUUCAAUCGUUUUUGUAGAAUUUUAUCUCCGAAAUGAAGUGUUCUCCAUUUUCAAGAGGCCUUAGAAAGGGAAGUAAACAUAUGCAUCGCAGAUUUAUGAAACAUUUAAAGCGUCGCUGUAUGGAUGGCUAUGAAAGUUCUAGUUCAAGCGAAGAUAGUCACAGGCAUCAAACUGAAUCAGACAAUGAUACGCAACAAAGGAUAAAACACGAUCAUGGUAUGAAGCAUGGAAUGAGACACGGCCAUGGUAUGAUGCAUAGAAUGAGACAUAGUCAUGAUAUGACUCCCGGAAGGAGACACGGUAUGAUGCAUGGAAUGAGACAUGAUCAUGGAAUGAUGCACGGAAGGAGGCAUGGUCAUGGUAUGAUGCAUGAAAUGAGACAUGAUCAUGGAAUGAUGCACGAAAGGAGGCAUGGUCAUGGUAUGAUCAACGGAAUGAGACAUGGCCAUAGCAUGAAACACUUGCAUGUUAUGGAGCACGGAAAAAGACAUGACCACGCUAUGGAGCACAGAAUGAAACAUCGCCAAGGAAUGAAACACAAAAUGCAUCAUGGACAUGGAAGAAAACACAAAAUGGGACAUGGCCCUGGUAUGCAUCAUAAAUUGAGACGUGACGGUGAAAAUGUUUGUCCUGCUAAUCAAAACGAAGAAAGACCGCUUGAAGAAGAUACUGAAAAUAUGCAAGAAAAUAGUGAAGGUGAUACUUUUACUUUUUAUGAGCCAAAGACAAGUGCUCAAGUAAUGAGCGAAGACAACAGAUUCCAAAUAACUUUGGAAACUUCGUAUUAUCAACCAGAAGAAGUUUCAGUAAAAAUUGCCGAUGGACAAAUUGAUGUCUCUGCUAUGCACGAAAGUAUGGAAAAUGGUUUAUAUGAGUUUCAUGAAAUGUAUCGAUCGUUUAAUAUUCCAAACAAUGUCAAUCCAGAAGUCAUUACAGCACGCUUAAACGCUGAUGGAAAACUUAUCAUUGAAGCAGCAUGCAAUGAGCAAGAGGAAAGUUCGCCAACUGAGCGAGAUAUACCAGUGAUUCGAGUGAGUGAAUAAUUAUAAUAUUAAUUAUAUUAUUCAAAAAAAUAAUUUUAUUAUUAAAAUGUAAAUGGUCGAACUACAGUGAUGAAUGACUUCUGGAAAUAUUAUGUAUAUAAAAAUAUUAUAUCGAUACGAAAAUAUUAUAUGUAUAAAAAAAUAAUAUCUUACUAUGUAGGGCCAAUUUUGAUGAGAAAUAUCGAGGUUGAUUUGGAUGAGAAAAUUUAAUGAUGAAUUAUUUUUAAUUGAGUAGUGAAAAUAUCACCUA